AUGAACUAAAGAUUGAAUACAUAAAGUUUCUUAAAGAUUCAAAUGAGUUGGAGGGCUGAUUCAAAAGAGAAGUUAAUGAGCAAAGUUGAAAUCAUUGAAACUGAACAUGAUAUCUAAUUGCGGCAGCUGAAAGAUAAAUACGAUGCUGAAUUAGACCAAAUGAGAUAAAAUAGAAUAGAUGAAAUCAAAGAAAUGAAUGUAACCCAUAGAAAAGAUAAGCUAUUUCUUGAGGAAAUGAUACUUUUCGAUGAUUACAAGAGUUAGGUCGAAAAUCAUAUGUAGCAAAUCUAAAAUGAAAAAUAAGCCUUGAAAAGGUAAAACGAAGAAUUAGAAAUGAGCAUAAACAAGUUGAAAAGGACUAUAAGGAACAAUAGCACUCAUCAUGAAAUGAAUUCGAAAAGACUAAAGGAUAGAAUUAAUAAACUUGAAAAUGACAUAGUAUAAAAAAAUGCUCAAAACUAGAAGUAUAAGAAUAAAAUCAAGAAUCUGAAGUAGCUAAUUCUUAAACUUGAAUAAAAUGAGAAGAAAAUCAAACAAAAUUUGCAAUUAAGAGAUAAUUCUUAAUCAUUCAUCACGACAUCAACUAUCUUGAAUUCAAAAAGUCAAAAUAAUCUAAGAUCUUCUGUAGCUAUGCCAUCACUAAAUAGUGGGUCAAUAAUUGUAACUAGGACAAGCGCGGUUAAUAAAAGUAUUGAUAAUUCAAUUAGAAGAAUGAAAGAAAGUCUUAAGUUAAAUAAUGAAUAUAAUAAUAUUCCAGACGAUACUACUGCGCUUUAAAAUUGCCAAACAAACCUAACUUCUAACAUAUGUGAUAGCAUCUGGUAGAGUCAUAUACCAAAUUCUGUAUAUUAGCAGUCAAAAGAUAAUCAAGUUUAAUACCAGAUGUCCUCUGUAGUUAAAUCAAAAUUAAUUGAUUAAAAAAUAACUUGCUAAGUUGAAAACUUAGACUAGCCAAGAAAUCUAACUCCUUAAAAUAGAACAAAUGCUUUAAAGCUUGAAAAACUAUAUGAUAACUUUGCUAGCAAUAUUGACAAUAAUCUUAAAAGUUAAGCGUAUACUAAUGCUAAUAACUCUAACAAUAAGAACUUAUUUGGAGAUUAAAAUCUUAAUACAAUUCUCAUUUCAGAAGUCACUUCAUUAAAUAACAGUGCAAAUAAGAACCUUUAAAAAAUGAUAAAAAUGCUUUAGCCAAUAAACAACCUCAAGCCAUAAUAUGAGUAAACUAGUACAAACUUUAAAAAUAAAAACUUUGAUAGAAUAUUUGAAAUAUGCAACAGUAUGUAAUGCACUGAUUGUCAAGGUUCUUUUGAACCUAAGAAAUUUAUAAAGCAUUUGAAUCCUCACUAUAAAUGUACAGCAUCUACCCAAGAAUAAACUUCAUUGCGAACAAACUUAAUUGAUAAAAAGGAAACUAUUAAUAGCAAAUCUAAACAUAGUAGAAGAGACACCGGAAAUCUCAAAAAUAGUUUUACUUUGAGUUAACUUCACAAUGGGAAAUUAGCAAAAACAUUUGAUCAAACUAAAAAGUACAAUCUUGCUAAUCCAAAACUUGCUGAAUAUGUCCAAAAGACUUUAGAUAUAAAUACUCCAAAAAUAAACGAGCAUAAGUAAUCAUAAUUAGGAAAUUUCUAAACCUAAAUGAUGAAUUCUAACAAUAUCAAUCAAGAGUAUCUCGAUGCAAAAAAUCUACUCAAACUAAAGUAAGAUCUCUCUGAUUAGAUAUUAGAAAAUCAAUAGUUAAAAUCUUAACUUCAAGCACUUCAAGAAUAACUAACCUCCUUAAAAAAAUAAUUUGAUCUUUAAGAGUCUCAGAAAAAUAAGAAUGAAAGUGAGAUGUAAACCGAGAUUAGAUUUUUACUAUAGCAGAUUAUUUAAUUGAAAGAUUAGUUCACUUAACAAUUGGAAGGUUAACACACUAAUAAUGCAGAUCAUGAUGUAAAAUCUCGAAAUCAAAAUUAAAAUUCGCUUUCUAUAUUUGGCAUUACAACUUAGUAGAAAACUUAAAAUACACUGAACUUUAACAAUAUUGAUAUUUCUAGCAAAUCUAAAUUUAGCCGCGUCUGCUUUGACUAAAAAAACUCAUUAUUGGAGGGAGCGGCAUUUAGUUCAGGAGAUAGUUUACUUAAAGAUCCUCGAAGCUUCGGAGAUAUUAAUAGUCUAAAUAAUGAGUCAGGAGAAGUUAAUUAUAAUCAAUCUCGAAUAAUAAAUGACGUUACUUAAGAUUAAAUUACGAGUUCCAUCACAAUUUAGAAAAUGCCCAAUAAAAAAUGCUUAGCAUCCUUAUCAGAGCAAAAUUUACUGAAAAUCAUUCGUAACUAAAGUAACUGCUAAAUAAAUGAAACUGACCAUGAAGGAUCAUUAUCAACUAUCUCUGGUUAAAUGAACGAGUAGUUUGAUGACUAACUAAUACAAGUCAAUCAGUGCAGUUACACACCUAGCUUGCACUCUAGGAAAAACACUUCAAACAUCGGUGUUAAAUCAGCUAGAAAUAUGUGUGAUAUAUUAAGAAACAGCACUAAUAACCUUAAAUUUAAUUGCUAACCAACGAGUUUGUAUUCAAAUGAUAACCAUAAAAGUGCUAUUCAAGCAAAGUAUACAAGAAAAUAGGAAUUUAGCAGUACAAUGACAAAGUAGUAGUCAUAGACAAAUAUUAUAAACUAAAAAAUUAAAACCCUUACUUCUUAAAAUAAGGAACUAAUUGGAAGUUAUCAAAUGAAGAAAUCAAGUAAUAACAUAUUAUCUACUAGCUUAAAAGGUUAGUCAUUUGUAAAUUCAAUAAUAAGCACAAGAUAAAGACCAAAUAAGUGA